AUGGUCUCUCAAAUCAUUGAUUGCGAUAACCCAAUAACCCCACUUCAUAUGAGGCCUCCCAUAACCCAAUUUUACUCUCAACGCCAGAAAAGAAUAGAGGAAACUGAUCUCAUUGAGAAGUCUGUGGGUCAUGAAGGGUUAAUGAAGGAGAAGAAUACGAGGACGGUGGGAAGCAUCGAAUUAACCAAAUUUGGGAUUAAUUGUAAUGCAUUGAGUAAUUUAGAUCAUCAGCUUAGGUUACAAAUAUUGAAAAAUGAUUUUGAGAGAGAAGAAAUUCAAGAAAAUAAAAUCCCAUUUACCGCCGAUCAUUUCAAGGCAGACCCUCCAAGAGAUUCACCAACACUACUUCUAUCCGAUCCGAUCCGAUCCGAUCUAUUCAUUUCUGUAUCUGGUUUUGUGGAAUGCGGUGAACCAUUGAGGUACCAUUUCAAUUUCGAUAAUAAGGGAAUAGAGGCAAUGAGAGAGGGUAUUUUAGGAAAUGGGAGUGAGGAGGUGGAGAAUGAUGAAUCUGAAUUAGUUUCUUGGGAACCUUCUAGGGAUGGUAGUGGUGCUGGUGCUGGUGGUAAUAGGCGGGGGUUAGGAUUCCAGGUGGGCGAGGAGAGGGUGAAUGCGAUGGAGAAUAAUGUAAACUUCUAUUUUAAUCGGGAGUUUGACCAAAAGAGUGAGGAUUUCUUUAAGUGGAUUGAUGAUUUGGGGUCCAGCAGUACUGGUGAUGGCAGAGGGAGUCGGGGGGUGAAAGUGGACGUUGAUCUGAAUUUGGGGUUGGGUGCUGAGUCUUCUUCAUCAUCGUCGUCCACUAUGGUGCUGGGGAGAGAGGAUCGCAGUUGUGACUCUCAGAAUAAACGUCCCAAAGUUCAUUCACUAUCCUUGGAUUGGGGCAGUCUUGAAAAUGAAAUCCAUUACCUUUCUCCAGUGCACGAGAAUUUUGGUGAUGAGGAUAUGCCUAAUUCUAGUAUCACGGGAGACAGUGCAGGGAAUGAUAGUGGUGGGACCUUAAAAAUUGAGGACUUUGAAGUCCGUAUGGAUCUUACUGAUGACUUAUUGCAUAUGGUUUUCUCUUUCUUGGACGACAUUGACCUUUGCCGAGCAGCUAGGGUUUGUAGGCAGUGGAGAGAGGCAAGUUCUCAUGAAGAUUUCUGGCGGUAUUUGAAUUUUGAGAAUCGAUGUAUCUCACCACACCAAUUCGAAGACAUGUGUCGUCGGUAUCCCAAUGCCACUGCAGUGAAUGUUUACGGUACUCCUGCUAUCCAUUCACUUGCGAUGAAAGCAGUCUCUUCAUUGAGAAAUCUUGAGGUUUUGACCCUGGGCAAAGGUCAGUUAGGGGAUAGCUUUUUCCUAGCGGUAACAGAUUGCCACGCUUUGAAGAGUUUGACUGUCAAUGAUGCCACUUUGGGUAACGGAAUCCAGGAGAUAACUAUUUAUCACGAUAGAUUGUGCGAUCUCCAGAUAGUUAAGUGCCGCGUGCUCCGUGUUUCUAUCAGGUGCCCCCAGCUUGAAACCUUGUCUCUAAAGCGCAGCAGUAUGCCACAUGCUGUUCUCAAUUGUCCCCUUUUGCGUGACCUUGAUAUAGCUUCUUGUCACAAGCUUUCAGAUGCUGCAAUUCGAUCAGCAGCAACGUCAUGCCCACUCUUGGAAUCCUUGGAUAUGUCUAACUGUUCUUGUGUUAGUGAUGAGACAGUACGUGAAAUAGCUAUGGUCUGUGUAAAUCUCACCAUCCUUGAUGCUUCAUACUGCCCAAACAUCUCUCUUGAGUCUGUGAGACUUCCAAUGUUGACAGUCCUUAAGCUUCACAGCUGUGAGGGUAUAACAUCAGCUUCAAUGGCUGCCAUAUCUCAUAGUUACUCGUUAAAGGUUCUCGAGCUCGAUAAUUGCAGCUUAUUGACAUCAGUAUCAUUGGACCUGCCACGCCUUGAGAACAUAAGGCUUGUGCAUUGUCGCAAAUUUGUUGAUUUAAAUCUAAGAAGCAGCGUGCUGUCAUCAAUUACAGUUUCCAAUUGUCCUUCUCUCCAAAGAAUCAAUAUCACGUCCAAUGCCCUUAAAAAGUUAGUUUUGCAGAAGCAAGAAAGCUUGACCUCAUUGGCAUUGCAAUGCCCGUUCUUGCAAGAAGUUGACCUUACUGAAUGUGAAUCAUUGACAAACUCUAUUUGUGAAGUUUUCAGUGAUGGAGGUGGCUGCCCUGUAUUGAGAUCAUUAGUCCUUGAUAGUUGUGAGAGUUUGACAGCUGUGAGUUUCUGCAGUACUUCAUUAGUUAACCUGUCCCUUGGUGGUUGCCGUGCAAUUACGUCUGUUGAACUCAGAUGCCCUUAUCUUGAGCAUGUUUCAUUAGAUGGUUGUGAUCAUCUUGAAAGAGCAUCUUUUUAUCCUGUUGGUCUUAAGUCCCUGAAUUUGGGUAUCUGUCCCAAAUUAAAUGUACUGCAUAUUGAAGCCCCACAAAUGGUUUCACUUGAACUUAAGGGGUGUGGCGUAUUGUCUGAUGCAUCUAUUAAUUGCCCACUUCUGACAUCUUUGGACGCAUCCUUCUGCAGUCAACUCAAGGAUGACUGCUUAUCUGCAACUACUUCGUCAUGCCCCCUUAUUGAGUCAUUAGUAUUAAUGUCAUGCCCUUCUAUUGGGCCCGAUGGACUCCUGUCUUUGCGAUGCCUGCCAAAUUUGACUUACCUUGAUUUGUCCUACACUUUUUUGGUUAAUCUGCAGCCUGUGUUUGACUCCUGUUUGUAUUUGAAGGUUCUAAAACUGCAAGCAUGCAAGUAUCUCGCUGACUCUUCUUUGGAGCCUCUUUACAAAGAUGGUGCUCUCCCAGCCCUAUGCGAACUGGACUUGUCCUAUGGAACGCUCUGCCAGUCAGCGAUAGAGAAGUUGCUCACGUGCUGUACACAAUUAACUCAUGUUAGCUUGAAUGGUUGUGUCAAUAUGCAUGAUUUGAACUGGGGCAUUAAUAGUGAUAUGCCAUCUGAGACUCACACAUAUUAUGGAUCGUUUGGCUCUUCUUCUCUUGGUGAUGUCUUCCUUCCAACGGAACAUCGUUUACUGCAGAACCUGAACUGUGUUGGUUGUCCAAAUAUCAAGAAGGUCGUUAUUCCUCCUAUGGCGAGAUGUGUCCAUUUAUCAUCACUAAACCUUUCACUGUCUACAAAUUUGAAGGAAGUUGAUGUAUCUUGUUGCAAUUUAUGCUAUCUUAACUUGAGCAAUUCUUGUUCUUUGGAAAUUUUGAAGCUCGACUGUCCAAGAUUAACCAGCCUCUUUCUUCAGUCUUGUAAUAUUGACGUGGAAGCGGUUGAAGCUGCCAUAUCACAGUGUACCAUGCUGGAGACGCUUGAUGUUCGCUUUUGCCCAAAGAUAUCUCCAUCGAGCAUGGGAAGGUUACGUGCUGCAUGCCCCAGCUUGAAACGGAUCUUCAGCAGCCUAGCACAAACUUAA